UAGUUCGGGGACUACACUGAGGGCAGGUCAGAACGGAGCUCAGGCCUGGGGGCUGUGAACUGUCCGAGGGACUGCAGUCUGAAGGAGGCUUGGCUUGUGGGACUGAGUUCAAUGGAAAACAACGGGAACCAAAGGCAUCCACAAGGCUCCAGAGAGGACAGAAUUGAAGCUGGGGCGGGUGACAAAAGAUAGGAAACGUGCAUCCUCUCUCUAGUGGGGAGAGCAGCGACCAGGUUGGGCCAUCUGGAUAGAGAGGGGCGGGGACGGCUGCACCCAGCGGCCCCUUUAAUCGGGGGCGCGCUGACCGUUCCCGCGCGCUCUCGCCUCCGUCGCCGGCCGGAGCCGGAGCGGGGCCGGGGCCGAGCGGGCGGAAUGGAGCCCCGGUGCACGCCUGCGUUGCGCCGCCUGCUACCGCCGCUUCUGCUCCUGCUGCUGCCACUGUCCCCGCGCGCUCGGGCCAAGUACGUGCGGGGCAACCUCAGCUCCAAGGAGGACUGGGUGUUCCUGACAAGGUUUUGUUUCCUCUCGGAUUACGGGCGACUUGACUUCCGUUUCCGCUACCCUGAGGCCAAGUGCUGUCAGAACAUCCUUCUCUAUUUUGAUGACCCAUCCCAGUGGCCAGCUGUGUACAAAGCAGGGGACAAGGACUGCCUGGCCAAGGAGUCAGUGAUCAGGCCAGAGAACAACCAGGUCAUCAACCUUACCACCCAGUAUGCCUGGUCAGGCUGUCAGGUGGUGUCAGAGGAGGGAACACGUUACCUGAGCUGCUCCAGCGGUAGAAGCUUCCGCUCUGUGCGAGAAAGGUGGUGGUACAUCGCGCUUAGCAAGUGUGGGGGAGAGGGACUGCAGCUGGAGUAUGAGAUGGUCCUCACCAAUGGCAAGUCCUUCUGGACACGGCACUUUUCAGCCGAUGAGUUUGGGAUCCUGGAGACAGAUGUGACCUUCCUGCUUAUCUUCAUCCUCAUCUUCUUUCUCUCCUGUUACUUUGGAUAUUUGUUGAAAGGUCGUCAGUUGCUCCACACAACUUACAAAAUGUUCAUGGCUGCAGCAGGAGUGGAGGUCUUGAGCCUCCUGUUUUUCUGCAUCUACUGGGGUCAGUAUGCCACCGAUGGCAUUGGCAAUGAAAGUGUGAAGAUCCUGGCCAAGCUGCUCUUCUCCUCCAGCUUCCUCAUCUUCCUGCUUAUGCUCAUCCUUCUGGGGAAGGGAUUCACGGUGACACGGGGCCGCAUCAGCCACUCCGGCUCCGUGAAGUUGUCUGUCUACAUGACACUGUACACUCUUACCCACGUGGUGCUGCUCAUCUACGAGGCCGAAUUCUUCGAUCCAGGCCAGGUACUGUAUACAUAUGAGUCUCCGGCCGGCUACGGGCUCAUCGGGCUGCAGGUGGCAGCCUAUGUGUGGUUCUGCUACGCCGUGCUCAUCUCCCUGCGCCACUUCCCUGAGAAGCAACCCUUUUACGUGCCCUUCUUUGCUGCCUACACCCUCUGGUUUUUUGCGGUUCCUGUCAUGGCACUGAUUGCCAAUUUCGGGAUCCCUAAGUGGGCCCGGGAGAAGAUUGUCAAUGGCAUCCAGCUGGGGAUUCACUUGUAUGCCCACGGUGUGUUCCUGAUCAUGACUCGCCCGUCAGCGGCCAACAAGAACUUCCCAUACCAUGUGCGCACGUCGCAAAUCGCCUCUGCCGGAACCCCGGGACCCGGAGGCGGCCAGUCGGCGGACAAGGCCUUCCCACAGCACGUCUAUGGGAACGUGACGUUCAUCAGCGACUCGGUGCCCAACUUCACGGAGCUCUUCUCCAUCCCCCCGCCCACCUCCUCCGUAAGCCCUGCGGCCCCAGCGCCAGAGGAGCUGCUGGCGCCGCCCCUGGAGUACCUGACCCCGCUCCCGGCCCCGCCGCCGCCCCCUGCGCCCAGCCGCCUGAGCCCUCCCCCUGCCUUCCGCACACCCCGCGCCCCGACGCCUCGCCGCGACCGCCCCUUGGCGCCCGCGCCCACCCUGCCAGACUGGGUCCUGGCGCUCCUGCGCACGCCCCCGCGGACGCCACGCGCCGUGCCCCCGCCGCCCGCUUUUCGUGGUUCUCCCCCGGCUCCCCGGCCGCCGCCGGAGUUCGCCAGGCGCACUCCGACGCCUCCCCUCGAGUACCUGGCUCCGCUGCCUAGGCGGCCCGCCACCCACUCCUUCCCUGACUGACACGUGCCCAUGCUUAGGGUGGUGGGGUUCUUGGGGGGAGGGGGACGGGCCUUCGGUGCCACAUCCGCCCCCCCGCGGGUCCCGGACGGCCACUGAC